AUGAAGUCUCCCGCAGUUGACCAAGAAGUCCCACAGGAGCAAGAUUCCCGAGAACCUACGGAAGUCUUGCAGACGGUGGCCGCCGGUGGUGCAGAUGAUGAGACACUGUCCGUGGUGGAUGAGGCAGUGAGUGAUGCUCUGGACUCGGAUUUUGGUGCCGGCAUUGAUCCCGAAGGGAAGGAACAAGUCGGUGACGGGGCAGCGGGGUUCGGCGAGACGAUGAAUCAGCUGGCCUUGUCUUCGACCGAAGCCACGGUUCUACGCAAAUCCUUUGACAUGGUCUUGGCAGCCUUGGGGAAUGACCGCGAGGCAUUGGGUGAUGCGAUCUACGGUUUGAAGAUUCACGCACUGGUGGCAAUCAAGGAGAACUUCACAACGCCCCGUGCAGUGGUGUCCCUCCGCUUUUUCAAUUGCUUCCGCUUGCUCCUAGAGAAGGCCGAAGACCCCAACGAGCUGAAAAUAUAUGUGGAAACCUUGGCCUUCAAGCAUUUGAACAACGAAAUCACUGAGCAACGUGUGGAUGCAGUGCUCGACGCGUUUCAUGAGCUCAUGGUGCAGAAUGUGCCGAACCUGCCGCCAGGCACAGCCGCUGCCUGGCGCAAGUUGUUGAGCUACACCGGGUCCUGCUACAGGUAUGUGGGUGACACCUAUGGGGAGCGCCUCCGAGUGAUCAAGGAAGAUUGGGCUGCCGUUCAGAAGUCUGCUACGGACGACCGGAACAAGGACGAGACCAAGACUAACGCGGGCGACAACGCCAACGCGGGUGGUGGAGAGAAUGCAAAUGCAGACGAGGCGAAAGAAGAUGACACGGCUGACGCUGGGGCCGAGACCUUCAGCUUUGGGCGGAUGUGCGCUUUCAGCAAUGAGGUCAUGGGACAGAAGACUGAAGGGUGGAUGUUGGAGCUCCUUCAGGUCUUUCAUAUCUUGGUCGAUAUGAUCUCCAGCCCUGUGCAUUUGCAAGAGGAGUGCGACUUAUUGGCGAUCAACUUGAUUACCAAGUCCAACUCGAUUGACUUUGAGAAGUUCAAGCCGGUGAUGUUGGCAGCCUUGCGAUCCUUGCUUCCGAAGCAAUGGAGCACCUUGCAUGAGACAUCCUGGGAGUGGUUGUGGACAACUGUGGCACGGAACUUGAACGAGUCGACCAUGAAGGUGCGUGCCUUCAAACCGUACAACAUCCGGAUGUUCUCCUCAUUGCAAGAAGAGCAGCUGGACCGCUUCCGCAAGGACAUCUUCACCGAAUUCUUCGCGCGAAGCCAGGCAAGUCAAGACCUUUUCAAGCAGUCACAGACCAGGCUGCGCUACAUUGCUGAUCGGGUGCUGCAGUCCUCCUCGGACAUGUUUCAAAAGAACAAGGAUGAAACAUUGGAUGAUCUCUCAGCCCUUGGUUUGCGUCAUGUUGGCUAUGGCAUUCCCAUCGAGCUCUUUGGGCCCUUUGUGGAGGUUUGCGUUCAGGUGAUGCAUCCGCUGAUCCAGGAGUUUCCCAAUGACGUGGAGAGUACCAAGCUUAUUUGGUGCCCAAAGGAUAGAGCGCAUCAGAUUCCAGAGAAUGAGAUGCCUGAGCACAUGAUGAUCGAAGGCUUUCGUUGGUCGAUCGGCUUGACUGCUCGUGUUCUGGUGCGGACCAUUAUGGAUGGGUCAACCGCCGUGAUGCAGGCGAUCCACUUUGACGAUUCCAAGCGUUUGCGCCGGGCAUUGGCGGACGCUCCUCGUGUGGAACGUUUCGUGUGGCAGCUGGCGGUGCAAGUUGGCAGUCAGUCGAUCUCCCCACUCUUUUGGGCCCUCAGGAGCGGGGCUCAUGACACUGCAAAGACGAUGAUUGAAGACGUGCUAACCAUUCGAGCUGACAGGGACAACUACUACUAUGGUGCGGAUGAGCUGUUCAAGUACCAGCCCAACAUCGCAGACAACGUUUUGCGCGAGGCGCCCUUCCUGGCGGAGACCUUGUUGGAUGGAUUGAUUUGGAGGUCGCACAAGAGCAAGGACAACUUGCGCCCGGUGAUCUACUAUUUGAAGCACCUGUUGCAAGACAUGGAUGAAACGAAGAUGCUCUCCCGGGCUUUGAUCAGCUACAUUCGAUUCGACCACCCUCAGACAAUCAUGCAUCCAAUCCUCGCUUUUUCAUUGGAUUUGCUUUGGGACAAACUGGCCUUGCGCUACUUCAUCAUGGACCGCGUCCUGACAAUCUUCAACUGCUUCAUGUUCAUCGUCGCCGAGUGCUUCCUGAACCAUCCGGACAUGCUGGUAGACCCUACGGCCAGUAAAAUCUUGGCGGCGGCUCGGUUCUUGGUCUACACCGUGGGCUUCUUACGCUUGCUCUACUGGCACAUCUCUCAAACCUUCAUCGCCUACAGGUCCAAGGCGUUGGUGAAAGGCUGCGGGCUGUGGUUGCCUCAGUACCUCACGCGUGGCGCAGCGAAAAUCAGCUUGCUGCUUUGCCUCACCAUGUUGGCCAUGAUGACCGUGGAGCCCAUGUUCCAUUGCAUGGGGUCCUCGGAGGAGGUCUUCUCUUUCCGUUGCGAUGGCUGGACGGACCAGAUGAGUUUGGCCUACGAAAUCUUGGUGACCUUUGGUGUCUUCCUGUAUGUGACUCUCAUCCUCGAGAUGGGUAGCAUCUCCAUCAAGCUUUCAGAGUAUCGAGUCCUUGUGACGCAUGCCAUUCAACAGGUGAUUUUGUGCUUGGGCGUGGUUUUCCUCAUCAUUUUUACCUUCGCUGUUGCCAUCUCCGGCAUGGAACGCGAGGUAGCUGCCGUGACUGGUGCCGAUUGGGCAGACUUGGGGUCCAGGAUGAGCACUCUGAUCCGUUUGGCCUUUGGAGCUAUGGACUUGGGCGCCAUUCAGGGCCUGGCCGAGCAGAGCCCUUUGUUGCUCAUCGUCGUCCUCCUGUUCAUGAUGAUGGUCUACAGCUUCUUUUUCAAUCUCUUGGUUUCGCAGUUCUGUGGCGUCUACACCUCCCUGGCUGCAGACAUCAAGGGACAUGCCAGGCUGGCUCGGGGCGAGAUCAUCAUCGAGACAUUUAAGGCGGUGAAGAUGACACGCUGGGCCAAGUUCAUGAACUCAUUGAACUUGGAUGAAAAAGUGGAUUUUGAAGAAGGUGACAUCGGUCUGGCCGGAGGCAUCAAGAACUUUGAACCAGCGCUUGCUCAUCCAGUGGCCAAGGACCAGAUUGUACGCUUUGGUGGCCAAACCGAUGGAUUCCUCCCAUGGCCGGAGAAGAUGGCUACAGAGGCGGACAACAUCGAGAGGACCAUCCAGAAGACGAUUCAGAAGUCGCUGCACAAGAUGCUGGGCAGCGGAAAGAAGGGUGGAGCCGGUUCUGUCAGCACUGGCUUGAACAGCGAUCAAGAUACGAAGCUCGGCGAAGAGUCGACCGAAGAGUCAACCGGGCGAUUUGAAGUCCAGCGUUUGGGAUUCCGGGAGGGUUUGAACGGCAUCUCCACGCGGAUUCGAGCAGAUGAUGGCGCCAGCCGCCAACAUGAGAUCAAGUCCCUGCGUGCGUUUGUGUCAAGUGCGGACCAGGAGCGAGAGAAGACCGAGAUGCGACCCUUGGAAGAGGCGGACGAGCUGGCCUCCGAGGCAUCCGAAGCAGCUGUGGAGGAUGAACGGCGCGACACCGACUUUGACAAUUUGGACGACGACGUCGGCUCCAAAGGUGAGGACCGCCGGUCGUCUUCCACCGAGGUGAACGUUCUCCGGCAGAGCUUUGACAUGCUCUUGGGCGCCAUGGGCCAUGACCGAGAGGCUGUGGGAGAUGCCAUCUACGGCACGAAGAUUCAAGCCUUGGUGGCCAUCAAGGACCACCCAUGGGGUGCCCGUGGGCGGGCUGACAGCUUCACAACUCCGCGAGCCGUGGUGUCCUUGCGCUUUUUCAAUUGCUUCCGGUUGUUGCUGGAGAAGGCUGACAAUGAAAAUGAGCUGAAGAUCUAUGUGGAAACCUUGGCCUUCAAGCACUUGGGGAACGAGAUCCUGGAGCGUCGUGUGGAAGCGUUCACUGAAGCAUUCAUCGAACUGCUUACGGUCAAUGUGUUCGUGGGCGACACCUAUGGCGAGCGCUUGCGAGUGAUCAAGGAAGAUUGGGCUGCAGUGCAGAAGUCUGCCUCAGAGGAUCAUGGUGAGGAUGAGGAAGCGGAGGAAGGUGAAGAGGGUGAGAAGGGCGAGAAGGUGGAGAAGGGUGCUGAGACCUUCAGUUUCGGACGCAUGUGCGCCUUCAGCAACGAGGUGAUGGGACAGAAGACUGAAGGCUGGAUGGAAGAGCUCCUGUCGGUCUUCCAUAUUCUGGUGGAAAUGAUUUCCAGCCCCGUGCAUUUGCAAGAGGAGACCAUGCUCAAUUUGUCGCAGGAGUGUGACUUGCUGGCCAUCAACUUGAUCGUGCGAUCUCAGAGCAUCGACUUUGAGAAGUUUAAGCCGGUGAUGUUGGCCGCGCUCCCGAAGCAGUGGAGCACCUUGCACGAGACCGCCUGGGAGUGGCUGUGGAUGACGGUAUCUCGGAACUUGAGGGAGUCCACCAUGAAGGUUCGUGCCUUCAAGCCCUACAACGUGAAGCUCUUCUCCGCCCUGUCCGAAGAGUGCCAACCUUGGCAACUGGACCGCUUCCGCAAAGACAUUUUCACGCAUUUCUUCGUCCGAGCUCCAGCCAGUCAAGACCUGUUUAAGCAGCCGGGGGCCUCAAGGCGCCCUUUCGGUUUGCACGGCGCACAAUCGGGGAGUUGGCAUGGCAGGGAGGUAGGUUACGGCAUUCCCAUCGAGCUCUUUGGCCCCUUUGCCGAGACGUGCGUAGAUGUGAUGCAGCCUUUGAUCCAGGAGUUCCCCAACGACAACGAGAGGGAAGUGCCAGAGCACAUGAUGGUCGAGGGCUUCCGCUGGUCCAUAGAGAAGGAGAAGGCAAAGGAGCUGGACUUCCCCUUCAAGACCAUCACCUUUGUGAGGGAGAAAGAUGGGUGGGAAGGGAAGGGCCAGUGGUGUUUGAACCACCACAUUGAGGCCAUCUUUGAUGAUGACUACCAGGUCCUCAUGGACUGCAGGAGGAAAGGCUUAACGGCCAGAGUCCUGGUGCGAACCAUCAUGGAUGGCUCCACUGCAGUGAUGCAGGCCAUCCACUUUGAUGAUUCCAAGCGAUUGCGACGGGCUUUGGUGGAUGCUCCACGUGACCGCGACAACUACUACUACGGCGCAGACGAGAUGUUCAAGUACCAACCCAACAUCGCGGACAACAUCCUGAGGGAAGCCCCUUUCUUGGCGGAAUCCCUGCUGGAUGGCCUCAUUUGGAGAUCGCACAAGAGCCAGGACAAUCUGCGGCCCGUGAUCUACUACUUGAAGCACUUGCUGCAAGACAUGGAUGAGUCAAAGAUGCUCUCGCGGGCCUUGAUUAGCUACAUCCGCUUCAACCACCCUCAGACCAUCAUGAUUUUGGCCUUCUCCUUGGACUUGCUGUGGGAGAAACUCGUGCCUCACCCGGAAAGGGAGACGAUUGACAUGGGUGGGACCCCCAGGGCCCUGCGGUACUUCCUCAUGGAUCGGAUUUUGACGAUCGUCAACUGCAUCAUCUUCGUCAUCGCGGAAUGCCCCGAGACGGCCAUCAGUUACAUGAAUCAGCCCGCCUUCCUGGAUGAUCCUUCGUUGCUGGAACCUGACAAGGGGCGCAGUGCCUGCGUGCGAACCCUUCAAAAAACAUUGCAGUGGGCUUAUGUGGGCUUUGUGAUUUUGAGACGGAUGUGGAAGUUUGCCUAUACAAAGGAGUCCUGCUUGUCUCGGAGUAUGGUUGUGGUGGGCCGAAUCUUGGUCUACACCUUGGGUUUCCUUCGGUUGCUCUACUGGCACAUCUGCCAAAUCUUCCUCGCCUACAGAUUUGGCGCCGUGGUGAAGAUUCAACGUUUGAACUUCCCUGCCUACCUCAUGCGGGGCUCGGACAUUUUGAGUUUCCUCUUGAUGAUGGACCUGCUUGCCAUGAACACGGAACAUGAUGAACAGGUGUUUUGCCGCGCGGUUGCUGUCGGGGAUGUAGAUCCGCCAGGGCCACAUUCUGCGUUGCCCCGCCUGGACCGACGAAAUGAGCGACUUGGAACGCGGAAGGCUAUGCGGGAAGGUCUCUUGUAUGAGAUUUUUGUGAUCAUUGCCGUCUUCCUGUAUGUGAUCUUGAUCGUUGAGGUCGGAAGCGUCUCAAUCAAACUCUCAGAGUAUCGAGUCCUUUGCUUACAUGCCAUCGAGCAGGUACUCCUGUGUUUCGGCGUGGUCCUUCUCACCAUUCUGACCUUUGCCUUUGCUAUCUCCGGGAUGACCCGCGAGGCUGGGGGGAAUGGAUUAGACUUGGAGGCUGCCGUGCGCGUUGCGCCGCGGGAGGUGCGGAGGCACAUGACAUGGGGAAAUGCCAAGAACAGCAAGGAGAGCAAGGAAUGGGCGGAUGUCGGAACCAUCAUCAGCACAUUGAUUCGCCUGUCCUUCGGAGCAAUGGACAUCGAACCUUGGUGUCGGGCCUGUUGCGUGGGCCAGGUCAUCAUCCUUUUCAUGAUGAUGGUCUACACCUUCUUUUUCAAUCUCCUGGUCUCGCUCUUCGGCUUUUCGAAGCAGUUCUGUGGAGUCUACACCUCGCUGGCUGCCGACAUCAAAGGACAUGCGAGGCUGGCAAGGGGUGAGAUCAUCAUUGAAACAUUUAAGGCGGUCAAGCUCACACGCUGGCAGAAAUUCAUGAACGCCCUCCAUUUGGAUCAGAAGGUGGACUUUGAACAGGGCGACAUCGGCCUGGCUGGAGGCAUCAAGACCUUUGAGCCAGCUUUGGCACACCCCGUUGCAAAGGAGCAGAGAUGCCUUCUUGUCACGACGCAGUCGCAAGCGCUGUUGGAUGAACCAUGGUAUAGUGUUAUAUACCGUUUAUCUAAGUUGUUAUUGUCUCAUUUAGUUUCAGAUUGUCAAUUCAUUUGCCAACGUCCCUUGCCACUUCCUUAG